AUGUCGACAUACACAGGCCCUCGAAGAGCGACAGCUCUUCUCGCCUGGGCUGACCGCGUACGGCGCCCCGUUAUUUCAGAGGUUAGUACUGCGACGUUAGAGGAUUUCAAAAAGGUAGAUGAGACAGUCUUUAUCGCCUACCUUAGCAUAGACGAUGAGGCAUCCAAGGCUGCUUUCGCCGAUGUGGCGGGUCGGUACCACGAAGAAUUCACGUUUGGAGUGGCUACCGAUGACGAUGCUCUGGAGGCAGAGAGGGUGGCUGCGCCGGCCGUUAAGUGUUAUAAGCCACUCGACGAGGACACACAUGACUUCAACAACCCUUUAGAUACUGCCGCACUAGAGGCGUUCGUAAAGGAGGCCUCGCGACCAGUCAUAGGAGAGCUUCUACCACAUAACCACCAGCGGUUCCUCGACCGUGGAUGGUCAAUGGUCUACGUUUUUGCUGCUACGGAGGCAGAGCGUGCUGGGAUACGAAAAGACUUAAACAAGAUGGCUCGUGGGAACUAUAAGAGCCUAACCAUGGUCACCGUCGAUCCCCUCGAGUUCCCCGAUCUACCUGCAAAGCUCGGUCUUGAUCCAAAUGUGCUCCCGGCCGGUGCAGUCCAUCAGCUUUCGAAGGAUAGGAUCUAUCCUUACCCCAAGGGCAAGGGGUGGACCUCGAGUGAGGUUCAAGGCUGGGGUCUAGAUGUCUGGCAAGGACGUAUCAAGCCCUGGACGCCACCCGGCGUGACGACUACAUACGAUGACCUGGGUGGGCGGAUCAAAGCUACGCAAAGGAUAUCCAUGAGAAAUAUACCAGGUGUCAAAAUCAAGGUGGCGGGUCGCGAUGAGCUCUAA